AUGUGGGUACGUUGCCAAGAACGUAUCAGUGAUGGCGGUGUGCUGAGAAGCACUGAUUUUUUCAAAGCGUUAGAGGCGAACAGUUUGGGCAUACCGAACCCUAAAUCGCUUCCGACAGCCCCGGAAAAUCGCGGCCACGAAGACGAGGAUAGUCCAUGCCAAAUACCGCAUUAUUUCGUCGGCGAUGAUGCAUUGGCGUUGACCCCAAAUAUGAUGAAGCCAUACCCACAAAGAGGCUUGACGGAGGAACAACGAAUCUUCAACUAUCGCCUCUCUCGAGCGCGGAGAAUGUUUCAUUCGACAAUUUUUGCUAAACAAGGGGAUGCAGUUGUUGUCGUCCAUGCAGCUUUGCUGCUUCACAAUUUCCUGUUGAGGAAAUGCCCUUCGAUUUACGUUCCCGUUGGAUCUCUAGAUCACCCAAACAACCAAGGAGAAAUUAUAGACGGUGAUUCAGUGGAGACAAAGCACAGAUCGGCAUGAGCUUUUACAUCUUUCCCUUCAACCUGUUGUAACCAUCUCAAGAGUGCCAGCAAGAUCAGAGAUUGCUUGUCACAGUGUGUCAAUGGACCAGGACAAGUGCAUGCAGUGGCAAUAGAAAACAAUACUGGCAUAACUAAAUUUUAUUAGAUGUUUUGACUGUUGACUUGUUUUCAAAGGGUACGUAUAAGCAUUGAACCAUUUAUGAAACACAAUACUUGUAUAAUUAAUAUAUGCAAAAUAGACAUUAGUUUGAAGGUGUUCUUAAGGUGGCUCCCUAAGGUUUUUCAGUUUACUACACUGUAGUAUUCAGGAGACUCCUGUUUCUUCACUUUACAUGACAUGAAGACGAAAUUUAUUGGACACAUUGACAAUAUUCUCCUGAAUAUUGCAAAUUGCUACUUUUGUGUUAAAAUCUGUUGUCAUGACAACAGCAUGCUUAGAAUAAAGCUCAAAAUUUGUCUAAAUUAAAAAUUUUCUGCGGUGAAAUUUUUUAAAUUUUUGCAUAAAAGAUAAUACUUGUAUAAUAAUUUUUCCCCCUCAAUUUAAAAAAAAUAAAUCGAUACGUUUCUUAGAAAGUUUAAAUAACGUCAAAAAUCAAUAUUAAAAAUUUUCCCUUCGAUUCAAUUAAAAAAAAGGAUAUUGCACUUGUUGUGCUGAUAUUAAAAAAUGUGCAAAGUUUUAAAAAAUUUCACCGAAGGAAAAGGGAGAAAUUUGGGUUUAAUUUUGACGCGAACAAUUUAAUACCCCAACUGACGUAUUUUGUAUAAAACAACAAGGCAGGACUUUUUUGAAAUCACAAAAUAUAAAUUAUGUUUGAUAUACUGUUUAUGACAGUGUCUGUUAAUGGUCAACUAAGCGUGGAUUAUACAUGUAAAAUUGGCAAAGAUAUUUGGGUAAUUACUUGUUAUAACGUCUUGGUAUUAAUUUGAAAAAUGUUUGUCAAAAUUCGUCCCGUGCGAGUUUAUAGUUACUAUCGUCGGAUGUUUUCGCAAAAUAGGCCUACUCUAGGGUCCAAGAUAGCCGCGAUUAAUUGCGAUAUUAGGCGAUAUUAGGGAAAAAAUGGCAAAAUUCAAGGCGAUCUUAGGCGAUAUUGGACGAUCGUGAGGGAUCUUCGGCGAUAUUGGGCGAUAUUAUGCGACCUUAUAGUAUAUUUGGGAUUAUACUGUAACAGUUAUAUAAUACAUUUGAAGCAAAAUAAUGUAUAUACAAAAAAUGUUGUCAUUUAGAGCACAAUGGGCCAUUCCAAUUAUUAUCCGCAUCCCCUCUGUUGAGGAACCCCUUUCUCAUGUCGGUACUCCCCUGGAAUUUUCGCAAAUUUUCAUGUAAAAUUUACCCCUUCCCAUGGAAUUUCCUUGUAGAAAUUACCCUUGCCCAUGGAAUCCCCAUUUUAAAUUAGGCCUUCCCCAUGGAAUUUCUAUUUAAAAUUUGGCCCUGUCCAUGGAAUUUCCAUGUAUAAAUUACCUUUCCCUAUCGAAUUUCUAUCAUGGGAUACUUACUCCUGGAAAUUUCCCUCUAACAUAUGUUCUCCCAUGGAAUUUCCAUCCCUUGAAAUUUACCCCUCCCUCUGGAAAUUCCAUGUGAGAAUUACUCCUCCCCUUGGAAUUCCAGAUUCUGAAUGCCCCCUUUUCUGAAAAUUCCAGGGUUAAUCCACCCCCUUCCCUGGAAAUUCCAAGGUUAAUGUAGCCUCUCCCCAGAAAAUUUAAAGUCAAUGCGCCGCUCCCCAUGAAAUUCCAAGGUUAAUGCACCCCCUCCCCUGGAAAUUCCAAGGUUUCUCAACAGGGGGGGGGGGGUUCGGAUAAUAAUUGGAAUAGCCCAAUUUAUGAUUUGGUAUUGAAAAAUAGUUCCAACAUUCAAAUUUCUCAUGUCGUAACUAGUAUAGGAGCAAUGGUAAUAAACCUUUAUGUGAUUUUAAGACAGUUGCUGUAUAAAGAUAUACAGACUGUGAACUGAGCAAUUUAUAUGUAGGUUAAAAGCCAAGGGAGAGGUUUUUAUUAAACUGUGAAGACCGAGGGCCGAAGGCCCGAGGUCUUUACAGUUUAAUAAAAACCGAUACCCGCGGCUUUUAACUUGUUUAUAUACUCAUCAGACCAUAUUCUUUUGUAUUUUGGAGGUUUUCUUCAUUAAAAAUUCAAGCUAUAUCAAUUCAAUGAGAGUUCGUUGCAGUUGUGGGACGAAAUAACUAGGUGUAACAUGCGCAUUAAUACGCUUUAAAAUGUGGUUAAGCAUGCGCAGUAUAUCAUUUUACGUCCCACAAGCGAAAGAGCAGAUAUUAUUGUAUAAAUUCCCUGCACAAGCAAGUUUGGUGGUUGAUCCAGCUAGUCCUCGUGCGCCGAAUCUAGUUUUGGAUAAACAAUACAAUCAAGACAGCCAAGAAGAAGAAGAGAAGAACAGACAAAGUCGUAGUGGAGGAAGAACAAGAAGAGUUGGUGGAGCAAGUCGUUACGCAGUGGAGUGAAGCAGCAGUUGAGGAAGUGAUGGAUGGUGAGGCAACGAUUAACAUAGCAACGAUUGGUCAGGCAGCCACGAUGGAUUUUGCUGCAGCUGUUCGUGUCAAUGGUGGGGAGCAGACAAGGGUUCAUCCUAUUCGCCAGGGUGAGCCGAGGCUGCGUCGUCCAAAUACGGUUGUAUUGCAUACAAACCAUUUGGAGGGUUUGUCCGUAAAGGAUGUUAUUCCAGCAAUUGUUAAUGUUGUUGGUGUGGAUGUUGUUAAAGCUGUGCAGUCAAUGCCCUAUGGUCGAUAUAGGGUCACAUUUCGUUCUAAUGAUGCUAAACUGGCUUUCUUAUCUCAGCCGUUUAACAUUAAGGGUGUGGAAAUUGAAGUACAGCCGAUUCAGAAUCCAAUUGUGGAGGUGAAAGUGUUGUAUGUUCCUAGUGAAGUGCCCAAUAAAGUCGUUGCGGAGUUUCUUGGUAAUCAUGGGAAAGUGGAGACGAUAACACGCGAAAUGACGACGGAGCAUGGCUUCCCCACGAUUGAAACGGGAACAAGAGUCGCCAAGAUGACUGACAUUAAAACCGAUAUCCCACGAAAGUCAAGAAUUGGACACUUCCCGGUGGAAAUAAGACAUAAAGGUCAACUCCCUCAAUGUUUUAGUUGCCGUUUAUUGGGCCAUCGUGCGAAUGAGUGUCCGAAUGAUGUAGUUUGUUUUAAGUGUGGUUUGUCUGGACAUACUCGUGAUAAGUGUUUCAAAUGUUUUCGCUGUGGCAAGUUUGGUCACGUCCGAGAGAACUGCCCUGAGUUGCAACACCCACGCGUACCGCCCGCUUCUGCUGAUGGUAAUUCCACCGCCCGGGUCGCUGACACGGUGGCACCAGUAACCGUCGAAUUAAUGGAAACAGAUCGCCGUAACGUGAACUUAGUAGCCCAAAAAGGGCAGUCUCACAGUUCCGCCCCAGUUAUGUCACACCCUGAGUCUCAGGAUCCCUCCACGUCGCAGAUCCCUUCAGAGUCCCAGGUCUCUCCUGUGUCCCAGGCCUGCCCCGUGUCCCAUGUCUCCCCCGUGUCCCAGGAUGCCACUCAGUCCCAACAGCCCAAUGCAUUAUUAAAUCGUGAGUCCCAUGAACUCAACCUGUCCAGUUUACAGGAUGAAGGACGUAUGGAUUUAGAUGCGGAACCGCUGAAGCGGGGACCGGAUGGCAGUACGUGGACAGAGGUACGGAAGAAACCUAAACCUAAGUGA